AUGGGUAGCUUGGAUGAGGAGAAUUUCAAUGUGGAGCUUGAGAGUGGAGCGAAAUUCGACUACACUAAGCUGGGACUUGAAGAACAACCAGAGACUUUAGCUAUUCAGAAUGCUGUGACAGUUCUAUUGAAAGGUCUUGGCGAGGAUAUUAACAGAGAAGCUCGCUCUUCUUGUAGGAUCUUAAAUUUUUUUUUACCCUGUCCAUUAAAAUCCAUAACUGCACCAUCCAACCCAGGAAUGGUCGCUGCAGCGGCCUCGAUUCUUAGCUCUUUGGGAGAAGACCCAUUGAGGAAAGCGCUUGUUGGAACUCCUAGUCGUUUCGUGAAGUGGUUGAUGAACUUCCAGAAUACAAAACUGGAGAUGAAGUUGAAUGGCUUUUGUUGCGGCCGGACAGAUACCCUUAAAGCCAAUGGAGAUAUCAGCGGACGCAAUGAAGAACAAAUACAUUCUGAGUUGAACUUGUCGUUCUGGUCUCAGUGCGAGCAUCAUUUACUACCCUUUUAUGGAGUUGUACAUAUCGGUUACUUCCAAGUGCAGGAAAGGCUUACUCGGCAGAUUGCAGAGACUGUUUCAUCAAUUUUAGGAGGAGAUGUGAUGGUGGUUGUGGAGGCUGAACAUACUUGCAUGAUUUCUAGAGGUGUUGAGAAGUUCGGAAGUAAUACAGCUACAAUUGCUGAACUGGGUCGAUUCUGAACAGAUCCAGUUGCAAGGGCCAUGUUUUUGCAGAGCAUUCCAAAUCCUACUACUUCUGGAGGAUUACAGUAAAAUAAUUUUUGACAGAUGGUUUUGUUGACCACUGAGCCAAGAUAAGAUGGUUGAUAUAUGAAUAAAGCAAUAAGUGAGGUUUCUAUCUCAUGA